AUAACGAGAAAACCAUGGAAAACAAUUAAAUGCAGAAAACAACACCUUUCUUUUGCAUGUUCCACGUAUUCGAACAGAAAAAAAGGAAGCAAGCGUUCAGGGUCAUGGAAUCAGCUCCAGUCUGAACUCAAGAUGUCAGAUCUUAUUUCACAGGAAUUAUUUCUAGCAGUUCUGAAAAACAAGCAAAGUGAUUCAAUCCAUCAGAGUCGUUGCUUUUAACCUGUUUUCUAAUCUGUUCUUAACUUGUGUGUGUGCUUUCAUUUGUUUGUAAUUAGUUGUCUUUGUUCCGUCAGAUAAUAUGAAAUAAAGUCUUAUUCUGUCUCAAAACCUCUGUUUUUUUCCAGGAACGAUGCUGACAAACAACAAUGAACUGAGGAUAGUGAUGGUGGGGAAGACUGGGACUGGAAAAAGUGCCAGUGGAAACACCAUUCUGGGUCGAGACUGCUUCAAGUCCAAGUGCAGUCCCAAGUCUUUAACUGAGGAGUGUGCCAAAGGCCAGACGGAGGUGGGGGGACAGAAGGUGGCCGUCAUCGACACUCCAGGUCUGCUGGACACCAGGUUCAAUGAGAAGAAAACAACCAAAGAUCUGAGUCAGUGCAUCAGUUUAGCUGCUCCUGGUCCCCACAUCUUCCUGGUGGUCAUCUCACUGACCAGAUACACCGAGGAGGAGAAGCAGACGGUGCAACGGGUCCAGGAAGUGUUUGGAGCUACAGCAGACAGAUACAGCAUGGUCCUCUUUACUCAUGGAGAUGAUCUGGAAGAAACCACCAUUGAAGAUUUCUUGUCUGACAGUCCAGAUCUGCAGGAGCUCGUGUCCAGAUGUAACGGUCAGUACCACGUCUUCAACAACAGGCUGAAGGACAAGAAACCUCAGGUCCUCCAGCUCCUCAAGAAGAUCAAACAUAUUGUUCAGAAGAACGGAGGAAGCCACUACACCAACGAGAUGUUCCAGGAGGCUGAGAGGAAAAUAAAAGAGGAGAAACAACGAAUCCUGAGRGARAAAGAGGAGAAAAUAYGCAGAGAGAGACAARAAGUAGAGAGAAGGAUGCAGGAAUCUUAUCAAAGGGAACUGCAGAGGAUUUAUGAGCAGAGAGAUAGGGAGAGGAGGGAGCAGGAGGAGGAGAGGAGGCGGGAGAYGGAGGAGAGGAGGCGGGAGAUGGAGGAGAGGAGAUUGUUAGAUGUCACGAGGCACAGGGAGGACGAGGUGAAGAAGUGA